AUGUCUUCUAAGACAUUGAGUGAGUUGAUGUUAUUAGUGCUGCCCCGCCCCCACAAGCCCCUAGUGCUCAAGACAGAAACACCCAGCGCCACCCAAUCGCACCCCCAAUGCACAACGCCAUCGCCAAAUCCUUGGAUAUUCCACGCCACUGAAUGCAACACAAUCGAAGACCUCCUCUUCCUGGCGCGCAAGGACUCAACAGCAGGCCUCGUCGUCACAAUGCCCUACAAGAACACAGUUAUGCAGCGCCUCGACGCCCUAGAUCCUCUCGCCACCACCAUCGGCGCCUGUAAUAACGUCUACCGCGACCCGUCGGACCCGGCACAGCUGAAGGGUACGAAUACGGAUUGGCUAGGUGUGAAGGGAUGUCUUCUUGAAAAAGGAGAAAGGCGAGGUCCGGUGGAGGGGAGACCUGCUUUGAUUGUGGGUGCUGGGGGUGCCAGUCGCGCUGCGGUGUAUGCCCUGCAUACCUAUUUCAAAGCUUCUGUGAUCUACGUCCUGAACAGAGAUGAUGGGGAAGUAGCUGAUCUCCAGCGAGAUGCCCAACGGCUAUCUCCCGCGCCUAAGAUAGUUCACGUCAAGGAAGGGGAGUCGAAGACGCUGGAAACGCCGUACUCGUGGUCCAAACGAGCAUCGCUAGAAGACUUUCUUUCACGGCCGGAGAAGGGCGUUUUGUUGGAUAUGUGCUUCAAGCCGCGCCGGACGAGGAUGAUUAAGUUAGCGGAGAGCCUUGGGUGGCCUUCGGUAGAGGGGACGCAUGUCAUUGGGUACCAGAUUGAGGAGCAGUGGAAGCUUUGGGCUGGGGAGGAGAGGUUGAAGAAGUUGGAUAAGGAUGCGGCGUGGAGGGUGUUGUUGGAGGCGGCUGACAAUAGUCCAGGUAUCAACAUUUAA